AUGGAGGAGCUGCUGAAGCGAGAGCUGCAGAGCUCCAUGGCCAAAGCCACGGGCCACUCAGCGGGCGGGUGCAUUAGCCAGGGCCAGAGUUACGACACCGACCGAGGCCGGGUAUUUGUGAAAGUGAACCACAAAUCAGAGGCCAGAAAAAUGUUUGAAGGUGAAAUGGCAAGUUUAUCUGCUAUUCUACAAACAAACACAGUGAGAGUACCCAGACCCAUUAAAGUGAUAGAUGUGCCAGGGGGUGGGAAUUUACUAGUGAUGGAGCAUUUGGACAUGAGAUAUUUAAACAGUCAUGCUGCAAAGCUUGGAUCACAGUUAGCUGAUCUACACCUUCAUAACAAGAAGCAUGGUGAGGCUCUCAGGAAGGAAGAGAAAACUGUUGGGAAAGGAGGAGGGCAGGCAGAACUUCAGUUUGUGGACCAGUUUGGGUUUGAUGUGGUAACCUGCUGUGGAUACCUCCCACAGGUAAAUGAUUGGCAGAAGGACUGGGUAAUAUUCUAUACCAGGCACCGACUUCAACCCCAGAUAGACAUGGUGGAGAAGGAAUCUGGAGAUAGAGAAACAAGAGAACUUUGGUCUCAGCUGCAGUUGAAGAUACCUGGCAUGUUCCAAGACCUGGAAAUUGUACCAGCCCUACUACAUGGAGAUCUGUGGGGAGGAAAUGUAGCAGAGGAUGCAUCUGGGCCAAUUAUCUUUGAUCCAGCUUCUUUUUAUGGCCACUCAGAGUUUGAGCUUGCUAUAGCUGGAAUGUUUGGGGGCUUUGGCAGCUCUUUUUACUCAGCUUACCACAACAAAAUUCCUAAAGUUUCAGGGUUUGAGAAGCGACUUAAACUCUAUCAGCUCUUUCACUACUUGAAUCAUUGGAAUCAUUUUGGAUCAGGGUAUAGAGGAUCUUCUCUGAAUGUAAUGAGGAACCUCAUAAAAUGAAUGCUGUCUCUUUUAGUGUUCUGGCCUCUACCAUCUUUGGUGAUUCAAACAUAGUAUUUUUUCCCUUAAGAUAUGUAACAUUAUAGCCAAACAUCUAAAGUCUAGGAUUUCUCUUGUUCCUGUCCUCUCUUUCCCUGAAUACCACAUUUCCCCAAAAAUAUUGGGUUUCAUAUUUUGCUUUUAAUUUUUUCCUAUAACUAGAGUAGCUCAAUAAGUGCUUCUUAAUCUAGAACCUAAAAACACAUUUACAAGUUAUGAAAAAUACUCCACAGCUUAGAGAUAAUUUUAUUUCAAAGUUGAAUAUUUUGCUAGAUGCCAGAUAAAGGAAGCUAUGCUCCAGAAUAAUGAUACUGUGAAGUAAUAGAUGACAGGCAGCAUUUAGCCAUCAUGUUACCAAGAUAGAAAAAGAAAGUAUAGUAAUUGAGCUUAUUUGAAGUAUGGACAAGAAAGUUUGAUAAUAAAUAAAUUCUUUCUUGAUUAUUUAAACACAUUCCUUUCAGCUUUUGUAGUUCUUCUAGGAACAUUUCUUGAAAUGUGAAACAGGUUUUCCUCACCUUACCAGUUAUCUUCCUUAUUGCAGAAUAUAAGAAUUGGUCAGUUCUCCUUUUUUACUAGAAUCACCUAAAUCUGGAAAUGAAAGUCACUAAUUAGAAAUUUUACAACAUUUAAGAUUGCUAAAUCUAGUAAAAACUGGUGCAGCAGCUUCUUGUGUUUUCUAAUAACGGUGUUCUGGUUUUUUUCCCUGCAAAAGAGUCUGGACUCUCUUUACUAAUCCAAUAGCUAUUUUUCAAAUAUAAGAGAUCAAGUGUUUCUAUUUUGAUGGGAUUUGGGAGGUGGAACUGUGUUUCUCAGGAUACCUACAAACCUGAAGGUUUUUAAGAAUACUUUUGAAGGAAUAUUAAUUUGUACUCUUUUUCCCCAAGAUAUGCGGGUCAGAAAUGUUAUCAUAAUGGAGUUGCUGAGUUGGGUCUAAAUUUUACCAUGCAAGUUGAGGCUUAUCUAGAUGGAUACCUUUUUUCUCUUGCCUUCUUUGCUGUAUAGACUACUGUUAUCGCAUAAAAUGGACUUUUCAGUGCUUAAUGUAGUCCUACCUAAGUGGAGUAAUUUAUAUGCUUUUAAAUUUAUUCCAUGUUUUCUCAUUUUCCUAAGCCUGAGAAUCUUGAACUGAAUUGUAAACUUGCUUUCUUUACUUAGCAUUUUAGUAAUAGGGUAAAUUUAAUGAUUGUAUUGAUGCUUAUCACCCUUUCUCCAUGAGAAUUUCAGUGACCUAUCAGCUGUUUCAGUGAUAUCUGACAAUGUAUUUACUUUUACUGUUUAACUAAAUAACAGCUGUGACAUCUUCAUAUAUUAAUAAAAUAGACAAAGCUUGUUUCUUAAA